CAGCGACCUCUCUCCUAAGAACAAACGUGCCCACCUUCGACUUAUUCAUAUCGAGCUCCUCCCCUUGACGCCCGUCUCCACUCGCUCUCAGCCUGCCUCGCCUUUCCCACUAGCCCUCAGCUGCAUGCCCUGCCCUCUGUCGUCAUUCGUUGUCGCCGUCGCUGCCUUCUGCUGGUACCUGUCGGCCGGUGCGCCGCCUCACCGCUGACCAAACGGCCUGACUGACUCUACCACCACAAGGCUGCACCCAGAUAAAUACACGCCUGAGACCUCCGCAUUGAGCUGCACUGGCACACGAGCAGCUCACCUCCCAAAUCACCCCUCAUGUUCUCCGAAUAUGCCUCCAAGUUUCUAUCCCAGUCGCAGUCGCGGCUGUCUUUGGGAGGCCCCCCCGAUGCUCCUUCCAACCGCAACCCUCCCGACAGGCACCGACCGUCGUCACGAACGCGAUCAACCACUUCAUAUCUCCAGCGCCGCACUAUGCCGAACCCAUACCACUCGCAGGGCAUGUCGCGGUUUGCGUUUGCUUCGCGCACGUCAAACGCCCCCGCCCCGCUCUUCUACUCUGCCACCGACGACUUCCGGGAAGAAGACGACCAUGAGGAGCACGACCGCGAGAUGGCAGACGCCUACGCGCUGCAGCGAUCGCGUCGGCAGUUUGGCGUAAGCAACCUCUCAGAGUCUUCGGAGGUCGAUGAAGACAUGGAGCGACGAUCAGACCAUACAAUAGAUGGUGGUAGCAUCGAAAACGACGCGCCAGGGUACGGACUAGGAAGAGGCAUCAAAAGUUCGUGGAAGGGGGAUAAGCCCAACCCGCGGGGGAGAUCCACAGUAAUCGAGAAGCCACAAGACAGUGACCGGGAUCAAAGCGUGCCGCUUUCCGAAGCAAGCGCUCCUAGUAGCAAAGGCAAAUGCAAACUAGUCGAUGUAGAGCUUGCUUCUACUGUCAGAGGCAGUAUAGAGGAACUGGACGGAGAAGAAGCUUUCGGAGAUAUGGAUGACCGGCCGCCCUCUUACCAGCAAUUCCGUGGUCUACCCAAGGCAAAAAGAGCCCGAAGCCCGCUAAGAGCAACGUUACCUAUACCACAAGAAACGGACGAAGAUACGUUACUUAGAAAUCCUCGUCCGAUGAGUGCCGGCGGCGAAACUGUGCAACAAGUCGUGGCCGCCGAUCCCGUAGCUCCUCCCAGACACAACUUGUUCUGGGCAGAGCUCUUUCUCAUCGCGCAGUGCGCCAUACUUGGCGUAUUCAUAAUAUCUCUCCUCCAGGAAUCCCCCCCGGAUAAGAAGAAUCCAUUAGGCGACACCAUUUACACAGUUCUACACUCCUCAUUCCAUCUGAUCGGGGUGUAUUCCCUGGUUUCCGUCUUAGUUGGGCUAAUAUGGUUGUCCCUGCUUCGAUCGUUUGCACGGCCCCUGAUCAUGAUCAUACUUGUGGCCGUUCCCACCAUAUCCUUCUCCUUCUUCCUCUACCCAUUUAUUUCGAGCUUCAAAGGGACAUGGCAUGGCGACAGCGUUCAGGACAAGGUGAUGCGGUGGCUGUCAAUUGGACCCUUCAUUUUUGCCGUAUUUUGGGUCUACACCGUUGUCAAAGGACGACACUCCCUUCAGAAGGCAGCUGAAAUGCUUGAAUUCUCCGGACAUAUUCUGAAAACCCAACCCCCGUUGAUUUUCGUCGGGAUUGCAACCUUAUCUGCUGUGGUCCUUUGGUCAUGGCUUUGGAUGCUAAUGUUUACACGGCUUUUCCUCGGUGGUCAUUUCUCGAAAAAUAAAUCUCGCUGGACUAUUGACAUCAGUACCUGGUGGCUCGGUGCGAUCUUCUUUCUGGACUAUUUCUGGGCCCUGGGUGUCAUUGCCGGGAUACAGCGUGCAACCACCGCUGCGACUGUUUCCCAGUGGUACUUCCACCGCAACAAUGUGCCUGCCCCGGCACCUCGCACCGUUGUCUGGGCAUCCCUUACCCAUGCAACGACAACCAUGGCCGGCACGGUCUGCCUAUCCACCCUGAUCGCCCUCCUGGUCCGUCUCCCGCUCAUCAUCCUCCCACGCCGGAUCUCAGGCUUGAUCAGCAUGUGCACCUACUCGCUCAUUCCAACUCCAAUCGCAGCCCUCACAAACCCUCUCACCUUGACAUAUGCCUCCGUUCACGGAUUGCCUCUUUCCGCGGCAGCCAGAGGUGUGUCAAACAUGCCCUUCAUUUCGCCUGCCUCCCCAACAACCACCCUUGGUCCACGCUCCUUCACCCCUUCCCAAGGCCGACCCUCUCUCGUCUCCUACCGACUCGCCAAACUCCUUCUCCACGCUAUUCGCUGGGUGAUCACAAUUGCACUCGGCUUUGGCGGCUGGGUUUCAACAGCGCGAAUGCUGCAGCUGACCAAUGCUGGUGUGAGUUACAAGGGCAGUUUGUAUGCGUAUAUUGUGGGAUUGAUCAGCGCCGCAAUUGGAUGGGGUGCUCUCGGAGCAAUGGAAGGUGUGUUAGGAGGGAUUCUGGAUGCGCUAUUAGUGUGCUGGGGCAGUGAGGUUGGACAUGAUGGGUCAGGGGAUGCGAGGUAUUGUGUUGAUGCGGGACGCCUGUUUGGUGACGAGUUGAGUAGGGGGAGAGGGAGGUUUGAUGCAUGAUGAUGAUCAGGUUGGAGAGGUGCAUUUAGGGAGUUUGAACGCUAGUUUUUGGAUUUGGAUUUGGGAUUUGGAUAUAUGGAUAGGCCUUUUUGGAAUUGGAUUGGGCUGGGCUGGAUUUUUGGGCGAUAUGCAAGGCAUGGCGGCGCGUAUUGUUCGUGUACGAGAUCCCGCGAUUGAGCGUAUGGAUUAGGUUAGAGCUAGACAGUAGCUGUGUAUCGUGU